AUGUCGCCGCACUGGAAGGCACUUCUCUUUUCCGGGCUGGCCUCGGCCGCCCUGGUGACGAGAGAAGCAGGGCCGAACUACGACAGGUUGAAUGACUGCCCUGGAUAUGCGGCCUCUAAUAUCCGGCCGAGCGAGACGGGAUUAACGGCCGAUUUAAGGCUCGCUGGCCCGGCGUGCAACGCAUACGGAGACGACCUGGAUGACCUCGUGCUUUCUGUGACUUAUGAGACUGAAACCCGAAUCCACGUCAAGAUUCAGGAUCAAGCAAACCAGGUUUAUCAGAUUCCCGAGUCUGCUUUCCCACGACCCAGCGGAAGCGGCCCGGCAGCUGAGAGCGCAAUCAAAUUUGUCUAUACCGAGAACCCCUUCUCCUUCUCCAUCGUUCGCGCCGAUACGAACGAACUCCUCUUCGACACAUCCGCCGCCCCCCUCGUCUUCGAAUCGCAGUACCUCCGCCUCCGGGCCAGCCUUCCCAGCGACCCUUACCUGUACGGUCUCGGUGAGCACACGGACAACUUCCGGCUCAAUGCCACCAACUACACCCGCACCCUUUGGAACCGGGACAGCUAUGGCGUACCCCCCGGCACGAAUCUCUACGGUAGCCACCCGUUCUACGUCGAGCAGCGUGAGACCGGCACUCACGGCGUGUUCCUGCUCAACUCGAACGGCAUGGAUGUCUUCAUCAAUAACACCGAGGAGGCUGGCCAAUAUCUUGAGUAUAACAUUCUCGGUGGCGUGCUUGACUUUUACUUCUUGGCCGGCCCUGGCCCUAUCGAUGUCGCCAGGCAGUAUGCCGAAGUUGUUGGCCUGCCGGCGAUGCAGCCGUACUGGUCGCUCGGGUUUCACCAGUGCCGAUACGGUUACCAAGACGCCUUUGAGGUCGCGGAAGUAGUGUACAACUACAGCCGAGCCGGCAUCCCGCUCGAGACCAUGUGGACAGACAUCGACUACAUGGAUGCCCGCGCCGUCUUCACCCUCGACCCGGAACGUUUCCCUCUGGAGAAGGUCCGAGAGAUUGUGGAUCAUCUCCACGAGAAUAACCAACAGUAUAUCGUCAUGGUUGAUCCCGCCAUUGCCUGGGACCCAGAGUCUCCGAUCGUUCAGCGCGGCCUGGCCGACGACAUCUUCCUGAAGAAGGAGAAUGGUUCGGUGCAUAUCGAGGUCGUUUGGCCUGGCGUUACCGUAUUCCCGGACUGGUUCGCGGAGAAUAUCACCGCGUAUUGGAACGGCGAGUUUGAGCUCUUCUUCGACAAGGACACAGGUGUUGAUAUUGAUGGUCUAUGGAUCGACAUGAACGAGCCGGCUAGCUUCUGUGAGGGUCUCUGCGAAGACCCCUAUGGUGAUGCCGUGGGGAUGCCCCCGACCCCUCCUCCUGUACGUGAUCCGCCUCGACCUCUCCCCGGUUUCUCAUGCAGUUUCCAACCCCGCGGAACACCCGGGUGUGACUCGCGUGAGGACGGUGACUCCACCGGCAUUGAGCAGGGCCAGGUGGGCUCCAGUCUGCCCGUCUCGCCCGCCAGAAUGCAGAGACGUCAGGAAAGCCAGGAGCCUCAAAGCGACUGGAUGGGCCUGCCAGGACGCGACCUCCUGUAUCCCAAGUACGCCAUCCACAACCACGCGGCCGGCGAAGACCUCUCCUGGAACGCAGACAAGGGCGGCAUCUCGUUCAGGACGGUCAACACCGACAUCCGGCACCAGAACGGCCUCGCCAUGUACGACACGCACAACCUGUACGGCAAGAUGAUGGGCGCGGCCAGUUUCCCCGGCGACGGGCGGAAAGUAGGCCACUGGCUGGGUGAUAACGUGUCCAACUGGGAGCAGUACCGGUUCGCCAUUCACACGACCCUGUCCUUCUCGGCGCUGUACCAGUUCCCCAUGGCCGGGUCGGACGUGUGCGGGUUCGCGCAGGACACCAACGAGCAGCUCUGCGCGCGGUGGGCGUCGCUGGGGGCCUUCUUCACCUUCUACCGCAACCACAACGACAUCAACUGGCGCGACCAGGAGUUCUACCGCUGGGACUCGGUCGCCGAGAGCGCCCGCCGGGCCAUCGACAUUCGCUACCGCCUCCUCGACUACAUCUACACGGCCCUCUACCGGGCCUCGCUCGACGGCACCCCCGUCCUGAACCCCAUGUUCUACCUCUACCCGCACGACCAGGCCACCUGGGCGCUGCAGCACCAGUUCUUCUACGGAGACGGUGUUCUUGUGGCCCCCGUCCUCGAGGAGAACGCCACCUCGGUCGACGCGUACCUCCCCGACGACAUGUUCUACGACUGGUACACCCACCGCCCCGUCCGCGGCAGGGGCGCGCUCCACACGUUCCGCGACCAGGACGUCACGGACAUCCCGCUCCUCAUCCGCUCGGGCGUCAUCCUUCCCCUGCGCGCCGAGUCGGCGUACACCACGGCCGAGGUGCGCCGGCGCGACUUUGAGCUCAUCGUGCCGCUCUCUGCCGACGGCACCGCGCGGGGCGAGCUGUACCUUGACGACGGGGUCUCGGUGGAGCAGCCGGGAGGCGGCAUCACGCUUGUUGAGUUUGGGUUUGCGAACGGCACACUUACGAUUGACGGCCAGUUUGGGUACGAGACCGAUGUCAGGAUCGCGAGGAUUAAGGUCCUUGGGACUUUGUGUGUCACUGCUGCCGGCAAUGAUGGGAGGGGUAGCAGGACGGUUGAUGUUGAUAUUUCUCUGAAUGAGGCUUCGUCGAUUCGGCUGUGA